AUGAGUAAACCACAGCGAAGAAAAGGAAAUGCAAAGGCUGCAAGCAGCGCGAAUGCAGCGGCGCUUCUUGAGCGCUCAGGUUUCUCGACAGCUUUCAUUGGGUUCGACAGUGGAGCCACCAACGUUUUCGAAGUGGCAGCUGCGGCUAAGGCAGGCGUAGCUUGUAGAGAGCUAGAUCCAGAUGUAGUCCUAAUAAUGAGGAAGCUAUCGAAAAAGGACCCACAAACACGAGAGAAGGUUAUGCCUAUGGUACUCAUUGCAACUUGCGAUACCAGUCUUUCUGUCUCGAACCAAGCUGAAGCAGUACUUUCGGACAACUUCCCUGGCGAAAAGGCGACGCAGGCGACGUCGAUUUUUGCUGCCGACACGGCGAAGCUCGCCAUUGAAAUCAUAGCUGGGCGCCAUGCCUUAGUUCAACCUCAAAGAUAUGACUGUGAAGAUUCUCCUGAGCAAAGAUCAUCGCGUCUGACCACGCAAUGCUUAUUAGUCAUUGCUCGCUUAGCACAAUCGGACUCUAAUAACCCUCAUUUCAAAGAGGUUCUAGAGAGUUUCUUCAAGCAAACGGCGGUUAUCAAGAACUUGACUAAAGGGAUCCCAGCGGUGAGGUCAGCGCUUCUUGGAAUCUGCCUAAAAAUGACAGAUUGUGUGCCGAUGUUACUAGAUACUCCACUGGCGUCAUGGAUCAUUUCGAACCUUGAUUCAGCGGAUUCAUCCAUAUGCACGAAGGCUUUUGAAGCUUUCACAGUUCUACUGUCAGAUGAAAGAUUCUAUUCGAAAUUUGACGUCCAAAAGUCGGUGAUUCCUAAGCUUCUGUCUGUUGUCAGACGAAAAGAG